GGAAAACAGCAGUGAAAAGGCAUCUGAUAAAUGCAGCAGACUUCAGCCAGUUUCAGUAGACUAAUUUAUGAGGCUGCAAUUGAAGUAUUUAAUUUUAGACACCGCAGAAAGGAACUAUUGAAGAAUGCUGAGGUCUGUCAAAAAAACAUUACCUAGAAAUGAACAAGCAGAUGAGACAACCUACUUAGCAAAUUUAGCAGUACAGAGAAAUGCCAGUGCCUUCUUUGACAAAUUUGACCGAAGUGAGUUACAGGAAUUACUUACCACUACCUCUUGUAGCUGGCUGGCUUCUAAAGAUGACCUACGCCAGCCAUUAGAACUUCCCAGUGGACUUAUGGGUCAGCUAAAAAACAUAAGUUUCCCGACUGCAAUUUUCCUAGCACCAGUGGUGCCAGAUGUACCUUUGGACUGUAAAGAAGUUCAUCAGAUUGUGAGAGAAUUGGCUGUAGGAAUUUACUGUUUAAACCAAAUUCCUUCCAUCAGCUUAGAUUCCAAUUACGAUCACAGCACAUCUUGUCAGCUUCCUCCAGCUUACAUUGACACCAGAAUUGGACAAAUCUUGAUCAGCGUUGACUACAUGUUAAAAGCACUGUGGCAUGGUGUGUAUAUGCCCAAAGAAAAACGUGUCAGGUUCUCUGAAUUGUGGCGCUCCAGUAUGGAUAUUGAUAUGGAUGGGAAUCCACAAACAGAAAAAAAUAUUUUUUCAGAGUUUUGUUCAGCAGGUCUAGUUGAUCUUUCCAAUGAACCAGAUUUUGAGGGAAUCUAUGAUGAAAACAUGAAUGAAGAUCCAACUUAUGACCCUAACAGUGCACAAGAAAAACAUCUCUUUAUGCAGUAUGCAGACAAUAUACUACUUAAGUUGACAUUUGGUACUAUACAAGUUCAGCAGCAUGAAAAUGUGUGUAAAUUUGAUGCAGCAUAUCGGUUUUCUAAUGUGAUAAAAUUGACUGAGGAUCACCUUGACACAGUAACAUACCAAAGGGUGCAGCAGAGGCUAAUUCUUCAGCAAAAACUUGUGAAGAAGCACUUAGAGAAAAAAGCAGAAAUCCGUAAGGAUAUUGAAUAUCUAAAAAUAAUGAGCUUUCUGAUUCCAUUUUUACUUGGCUUAAAAAGAAAGAUGAAAAUUCCAAAUUUAAAUCAACUUCUUCAACCAUAUUCAGAUGAUAAAGUUAAGACUGAACGAGAAUUGCCUCCAUUUGUGUUUGGGCCAGAUUUUAAAUGCCAACAUUUUCAUUACAUAAAGAAUGAGUAUUUUCAUGUCCAUGGAGGAAUUGAAUUUGAUGUUGGUACACCUUCUCUUGAGGAUGUUUCAGAAAAGAUAAAGGCCGUCUUUGAUGACAUACAGAUUUGUGCAUCAAACCAUGUAGCCCAGUUGUUAGACCCGGAUAUAGCAUACAGAGAACAUUACUCCAUACCAACCAUGGAAUUUGAUGGAAAGAGCUACUAUGUGAUCUCCAUUGAAUUGGAAACUUUUUAUCAGCAGCUAUAUAAAACCCCAUGGUGGGGGGCCAUAAAUGAAAUAAUAAGCACUCUCAAGCCUAAAAGGCUUCCAUUAACUGAUAUCCAAUCACUGGAGCAAUUCAAGAAAAGAUUUGGUUAUAAGAAAGCUAUUAAAUGCAAGAGUUUACCUUAUGGUAUGAAGUCUGCAGCUGAGAGAGGACUAUCUGCUAUCUUCUAUACUUUUUGUCGUAAAACAUCUACUUCCAGUCUCAGUGUUGUAGAUGAAUAUGGUUAUGCUCUUCUCCAUCAUGCUUCCAUACACAACCGUGUGCCAAUUAUCUGUCAGCUGAUUAAAUCUCAUUUGAAUAUCAAUCAGAGGCGCAAUGUUCACUUUAACCUGGGCCCUACUGCUUUACACCUGGCAGCUCAGUGUGGAUCCAUUGAAGCACUUACUUGUCUUCUGGCCCUUAAGGCAGAUUAUAAAUUAACGGAUGAUCGAGGAUGGAUGGCUAUACAUUUUGCUGCAUUCUAUGACAACAUUUCCUGUAUUACGGUUCUCUAUAGAAAAGACCCAGAUCUACUAGAGGCUGAAACAACAGCUGAAUAUCAUUCUACUCCACUAUUGCUUGCAGCCACAUCUGGAGCAUUAGACACUCUUCAAUAUUUGUUUUCUCUUGGUGCCAGCUGGAAGAAAACUGACAGUGAAGGAAACAAUAUAAUUCAUUUAGCAGUGCUGUACUUUCACACAGAAAUUCUCAAGCAUCUAAUACAGCUAGAUAAUCCAGAUCUUCCAGUUUGGAAUACUCUUGUAGAGAUGUUACAGUGUGAAGACUCUACGAGGCCAGAAAUGGCAGUUAGAUCCUUGGAAGUUCUCUGUUUAGCAAAAGAUUUCUACUGGAAAUGCAUUUUGGAUUCAGGUGCUAUCCCCUCUCUAAUCAAUCUGUUGAAAGGCCACCAGAUCAAGCUGGCAUGUAUAACAUCGGGGGUGUUGAGUAAUAUUUCACCACACAUCACCAUUUCUAAAGCUUUAGUAGAAGCAGGAGGCAUUUCAGUAUUAAUUGAAUUGUUGAGUUCUGGUGAACCUGAACUGCAGUCUCGCUGUGCUGUUAUCCUAUACGAUAUUGCCCAGUUCGACAAUAAUCAAAAUAUCAUUACUGAGCUGGGUGGAAUCCCUCCUUUGAUAAAUCUUUUGAAAAUUAAAUUACAGGAUUUGUUAGUUAAUGUAAUAAAUUGUAUCCGGGUGUUAUGCAUCCAGAACAAACAGAAUCAAAGCACAGUGAAGGAACAUCAUGGUAUUCCAGCACUUGUUGAGUUUCUAACUUCACAAUCAGAUGUGCUACAGGCUGUAUCUUCAGCAGCUCUUGCAGAACUUGCUCGGGGGAAUGAGAAGAUGCAGGAUGCCAUUGCAAAUGCAGAUGCAAUUGGUCCUCUGGUUGAACUUCUCCGUGGAAGGAAAAUCACUGUGCAGGUGAAAGGUGCUAUGGCUAUAGAAGCACUAUCGGAUAACAACUCUCAUAUACAGAAACAGUUUCUGGAAAAAUCAGCAACAAAAUAUCUUUUAAAGCUCUUGAAGGCGUUUCACUUGACAGUUAAGGAACAAGGUGCUACAACUUUGUGGGCACUGGCAGGACAAACACUGAAGCAGCAAAAGCUUAUGGCAGAACAGAUUGGGUACAACUUUAUUAUUGAUAUGCUCUUGUCACCAUCUGAUAAAAUGCAGUAUGUUGGAGGUGAAGCAGUCAUAGCUCUUAGCAAAGAUAGUAAACUUCAUCAAAAUCAAAUAUGUGAAGGAAAUGGAAUUGGUCCUUUGGUUCGAUUGUUGAGAAGCACAAAGAUAGCAGAGGGCACGCUCCUGAGUGUCAUCCGAGCUCUGGGGACCAUUUGUAUUGGUGUGGCUCAUACAAACAAUCCAGUCAGCCAGGAAAACAUAGUGGACGAACAGGCCUUACCAAUACUGGUUCACCUGCUUAAAAAUCAUAAUUCUCUUCAGAUAAAGGUUGAAGUUGCAUAUUCCUUGGCUUGCAUUGUUUUAAGGAACAGUAAUUUACAGGCUGUGUUACAAGAGGAGGAAGGUUUCGAUUAUAGUGAUGUUCUUGAACUUCUUAAUGCACCUGAUAAGGAUAUUUGUUUACGAGCUGGAUAUGCUUUAGCCCUUUUUGCAUACAACAAUCCUGUCCAACAGUUCCUGAUAUUGGAAACCGGCGCAAUUAUGAUGUCUACAUUUGAACCUUUUCUACGAUCAGAAAUUGAGACAGAUAAAGCAAUGGCUGCAUUUCAGAUUGUUGUUUUAGCCAGAGUCAUAGUGGAUGUGGACCAAGUUACUUUGUCUGCAAGAGGUGUUACUAUUUUAGUUGAACUACUAAAUUCUGAAAAGACAGCUACUCUUGUUCUAACAGGGAAGUUAUUGGCUAGCCUGGCUCAUACAAGAGCAGGUGUUCCAGAAGCAAUUACUGAACUAGGAACUAUCAAACGUCUUUGUUAUCAUUUGUACUCAGAUAAAGAAGAGGUUCGUAUAGCCUCAGCUGGUGCUCUUGGAUACUUAACAUUUAACCGCACUGCUUAUCGCCAUCUAUUAGUGGAAUGCAGGAACAAACCCAAGCAGUUCACACGUCUAAUGAAUAACAUCAGCAGGGAUGCAAAAAUAAGCCAGGACUUUGUAAAAGAAUUCCAAAGGCAAAGACAAGUGGGACUGCCUUCUUUAAGUUUGGUGAUAAAUGGAGGACCACCUGCAGUUCCAACCUAUACUAAAGAGAGAUCACGAAGUAGUAGUAGUAGAAGACAAUUCAAAGCUAAAUUUCAUCCAAAGGACUCUCUUCUUUUAAUGCCUAUAUCUGCUCACUUAAUGGGAAAACUCAGAACUACAGACAAACCCCGUAGCCGGACCACUGGGCUUCAAUCAUUUGCACAUGCAACUUCCGACAUCACAAAAGUGUCAAGACCAAGAAUUUUUAAUGUCAGCAAGCUCCGGCUUAAUUCACCAGGAAAGAAAGCUUGAGUCCAGUGCCAACAAUGUAGCAGAUAAGUAUUUGUAUCCAUGCAAUAUCCUGUAGGUUUGGGAACAGAAUUUCUUGAUGCCAGUUGCUAAUACACAGAUGCCUAAUUUUGGAAACCUGAACUCUUUUCACAAAAGAAUUGUGUGUGGGAUGGAAGGAGGCGGUCUGUCUGUGAAUAAUUAAAUUUACUGCAGUAGUAAAGAAUAAAUGCAUUGAAAAUAAUUUCAAAUUCAUCACUCACGGGCAUCAAUGAAGGCUAUUGUGUGCAGGUUGUUUUAUAUUUUGGUGAAUUUAAGUUUCUAUUUCUAAUCAGACAAUACCUUCUGUUACUAGAUACAAGAGCUG